UUUUUUUCGCUAAACAUCAACCCUGUUACUGCAUUCUCAUUACUAUUCAUUGAACUGUAUAGUGUGAACAACAUGUGAAUGACUUUUCUGGUGAACUGAGAAAAAAAGUGGCAGCUUUUGUAAAAAUUGUUUUUUGGCCCCAUGUGCUGGAUCUAAAAGCAGAACAGUGUGUGUGUCGUUUUGUUCUUAUCCUCGACUGAUAGAAAAAACAAACUACAUCAAAUUUUCAAUUUAUCAUCGAAAAAUUUCUUCUUCCGGAGAAAAAAUUACCAACUAUCAUCUAUAAAUACACAGGCCUAUUGUCUACUUUAAUGCUUGAAUUCAACGAAAUGCAGCAUUUUACACAUUUGAAUUUCUUCGAUUCAUUCAAUGAUCAUUACAAUUUGAAACAUUUAAACAAAACACUGGAACAAGGAAGGAAUAAAUAAGUGAGAUUUACAUUACUUUUUUUCAACAAUAACAAAACAAAAGAAACACUAUGCAUCUUCCACAAUUACGAUUACAUAAUUCAGCAUUGGCAAUCAUAAUUUCCGCAUUACUAUUGAUCGAAAGUGACAAGAAUCUGGUGUAUGGUAAAGCAUUGGAUAUUGAAUCCGAUACACCAUUAACUAUAAGUUUCAAUCCACCAGCUGAUCAAGUCCUAUUGAAUCAACCAUUAAUUAUACGUUGUGAAGUGCAUUCAUUGAACAAUGAACGAGUUGAUUCAAAUAAAAAUAUUCUUACUGGUGGAUAUAGUAUGUUUUUUCAAUGUCCAAUAGCACCAUGGGGUAAAUUUUGUUUUCAUAAUUGUCAAUCUGCAUGUGUUGGUGAAAAUCCUGAUAAAUGUCCAUAUGAAAAAGAAUUAAGUCUUGUUAAAUGUCGUACUGCUAUGACUGAUCAAGGUUAUUUAUUCUAUGAAUAUACUAUAACGAAUUUAACUAAAUCAUGGUUAGGAUUGAACAAUAAUAAUCAUGAGCAAAUAGAUGGUUUUUCUUGUAAAACAGCUGGAUUACAAACACCACGAAUUCCUUUAGUAAUUAUUCAACCACCAAUUGACACCUUGAGCAAAACAUUGGAUUUAUCGAAAACAAAAUCAAUAGUUACACCUAGUUCAUCUGUGAAAAUGAAUGCGAAUAAAAGCUUAUCGAAUGAACAACAAGAUGAAUCGGUUCAAUUAAAGAAUGGAGUGAAUCAAUCCAUGAAAGCAAUCAAUUCUGAUAUUAAAGCUGCUUUAACACGUGAAAUAUUAAUUAUUGGUGCCAUUAUAGUAGUAUUUAUUUCAGUAGUAUUGAAUGUGUUCUGUUGUAUACGAUGUGCUUUGAUACGUCAAUAUUCCAAAUCGAAAGAUCGUGCUCAUAUGCAACAUUUAUUUUGUAUGGCUGAAGAAAUACGUAAUGCACGUAUUGUUAAACAAAUCAAUGGUAAAAGUCGUAGUUUUCGUGAUAAAUUAGAACUUGAACAAACUUAUCAACAACAACAACAACCACCAAAUCAUUUAAUGAAUCUACUUCAUGAGAACAACAAUAAAGCCGGUAUCAAUGGAAGUAAUAAUCUCUUGUUCAUGAAUAAAAUUCAACCACAAACUAAUGGUUAUGAAUCUUAUCAACCAUCUAUCGAUUAUGGAUCAGAAUAUUUGGCUGGUUUAAAUGCUCCUGGACUUGUAUUCAAUGAUAAUCAGUCAUCAUCUACUACUGGUCUACCAGCUGAUGUACAUUUAAGAUAUUUACCAGAUGGUAAAUCAGGCAAUAGACAAUCGAUUUCCGCAUUCUCCCUUUUACCCAAUCAAUGUCCAAUGCCAUGGACAAAUGGUAGUCAUGGUAACGGCGCUCAUAAUAACAAUACUGCUGCUGCUGCUGCGGCGGCAGCGGCGGCGGCCAACGCUACCAUUGAAGCACAUCGUCGAUCAAUCUCCAGUUUACAACGUCACACAGGUAAUUCAUUCGCAUCGCAACAUUCAUCACAACAACAAAUUACUGCAGCUGUCACUAAUUUCUAUUUACAACAUCAACAACAUUUUCGAGAAUUACAAAAUCAUUUAAAUAGCACGGCUGAUAAUGUGACAGUCAAUCAACUUGGUUCUGAUGGUAUGGCGUCCUGUUUCGGGAGUAUUGGUCAACCGGAUUCAAGUAUUUUAUCCGAAGUUGUAAAUAAUAAUCAAAUCACAUCAAAUUCAAUGCAUUGUGAAUCAAUGUUAACUGGAAAUCUAAUCAAUCAUUCACCAGUGAUUAGUAUACGUAAUGGUAAUAAUAAUAUUCUAUUGAAAAAUACACUGACUUCAUCCAAUUCUCCAUUGGUUCAUGCAAAUAAUGCUAAUCAAUCGACGUAUAUGAUACCUAUGGAUUCGACAACCAAUCAAAUCACUAAUCAAAAUUUUCCAACCAAUAAUAAUAAUAAAUCAUCACCAAAUAUUAAUCGUACACAACCAAUAGGAUCAUCUCAAUCCCAGUUGGUUGCAUUUAUGAAUAGGCUAAAUUAUAACAAUAAUAAUGCACAAAUUUUAACAAAUCUACCUAUCAAUAUGUCAACUCCUCCUGGUGGGACAUUAAAUUCACAAUCCGACAGUGGAGCUGGUUCAGGUGGUAGUGGAAAAGUUUCUAUGGAUUCGUCGGAGAAUAGAAUGAAUACACCGAAAAAUGAUUUUGUUAUUUAUAAUUUAUCUGAAAUGAUUGAUAAGUCAACAAUCAAUAAGAAAGAUUAAUUUUGAAGUGUUCUUUGUUUUACGGCUACUAUGACAUUGACUCAUUCACACACAGUAAGAGAGAGAGAGAGAGAGAUAGAACAGAAAGUUCGGUAUCAUCAAUAAUUAAACACUAAUCGAAACAACCAGUCUGUAUAAAUGAUCUGUUUUUGUUUUUCUUCUUGUCAUAACAUUUUACUCUUCAAACUCUUUAUUCAAGAAAAUGAAUGAAGGGUGUUCUUCUUCUGCUUCUUCAAAAAAAAUCACAAAUACUAGUCAUAAUUUUCUCAUUUUGACAAUAAAAAAUAAUAUCACAUUUUAUAGGGAAAAAAAUGAAAAUGACUUCCAUGAAUACUUCUACAAUCAUAGAAGAAUUUCUUCCGCAAUAUAAGUUUUCUUUCAUCAAAUAAUGGUUUUUCUACAAAAUUAGUAUCUCAUUUUUAUUUGAAAACCCAUUUUGCAAUCAUGCAAAUAUUACUUUGAAAAUUUUUAUAUGCAAUUAGUUAUACUACUAACUAAGAAAUAAGUACAUUGUUUAUUUAUAUAAAAUAUUUGCUGGAGCGGUGCAUAACCGAGUAAUAACAAUGCUUGGCUAUUAUCAUUAAAAAUUCAAAUAUUUUAUUUCGUACUUUUCGCCAACAGUUUCAUUUUUUUCUUUUGUGAAAAGAUUCUUAAAAAUAGUAAAUGUUUUACAAAGUUUUUUUUUGUGCAUGGUAGAAUCUUUCUUUUUUUAAAUUUUCAUUUUAAUUUGUGAUAAUUUAUGAAUAAAAUAAAAUGAGAAUGGAUUUUGAGCUA